AUCUGUUUGUCUAUGGCAUUUUAACAAACAUUUCACGUGGGGAUGGGUGUUUGCGCAGAGAAAAGGGGGCAAAAAGAGAGAAAGGGGGGGCCCAAAGGGAGAGAAAAAUACAUGGAUCCUCAAGAAGCUUCAUGAACAAAGUCCAAAGUGAGCACCUUCCUCCGAAGAAGAUUACAUUGUGUGGGGAGAAUAUCAUGUAGAGCCCUCUAUAUGAAAUGUUUGACUUUGUUAGGGACAUUCAGAUUCCAUAAGAGCCUUCCUGGCCAACAUGUUGUGUCACUGCUAGAAGCAUUGUUUGGGGGGUGAAUACAGUCAAGACCAUUCUCCAUUACUAAAGGAUAUGCGCUAUGCACAAAGAACUUGCCCGAUCUAGUAUAAUGCCAAAUUAGUUUGUCCUCAGGGAGUAGUUCACAAACAGGUAUAGAUGUAAUUAUCUCUGCAUCCAAGUCUAAGAACAUUUGCUUCGAUAAAUCGAUCCUUCAAUGCUUUCGUUCAAAAUCCAAAAGAGAGCUUACUCGAGUAUCGUAAUUCGAGUCCAUAAGAGGACUAAAAACUUUGAAGGUGGAUGAUCUAGGUAUCCAUGGAUCGCUUUUCACCUUAAUAUCUUUCCCGUUACCUACUCUCCAUCUCAUUCAUGCCUUGACCACCUUUCUAAAUUCCAGGAUACUGCGCCAUGUAAACCAAGGCCGAAAACCCAAUUGAGCAUCCAUCAAAGUUGAAAUGGGAAAAUAUUUUUCCUUCAAAACCUUAAAAAACAUCGAAUUUUGGUUUUUCAAUAGCCACCAAAAUUGUUUAGCAAGAAGCGCUAAAUUGAAAGCUGUUAGGUUUUUGAAUUCCAAUCCUCCCUUAUUUUUUGGUAGGCAAAACCUAUCCCAUGACAUCGAAUGGAUCUUUCUCCCGUCGUUAUUACUUCCCCACCGGAAGUUUGCCACCAUGCUGUUCAAUUCAGAGCAUAACGAAAUUGGUAGUUUAAAUAAAGACAGAACAUACGAGGACAAAACUUGUACAACGGCUUUAAUGAAGGUCUCGAUUCUAGCUUUCGAUGAUAAUUUCUGCUUCCAACCUUGGAACUUGCUCCAUACCUUUUGCUUUAUUGAUAUGAAAAUCACCGUCUUGGAUCUACCUGCGAUUCAAAGGAGUCCUAUGUAUUUUUCAUGGCAGUUGACCACAGAAAUCUACAAUACUUCUUUUAUGGAAUCCAAGGUAGCUGGGCUAAUGUUCUUGCUAAAUGCCAGUAGAUUUUGAGAGAUAA